GGCCAUCUCGCAGCUGGUGUUCGAACCCAGGCCCCCACGUGGGGACCAAAAUUAACCACUUUGCCCCCCCCCCCACCCCUAGACCAUCACGCAGUCCUAAGGCCGCUGCCUGUGACUGGCUAGGGGUGGGGUGGGGGUGGAUGAAGCGGCCGUCAUGUCCCGCUCUGUGCGUGAUGAGCGAUUGUUAUGUCGUGUCGUUUUCUUCACAAGCGUUGGAGGUAGAGUAGAUGUCAUGCCCAUCUACCCGCCAGCGGAGAGUACUGCAGCUGGCAUGCUCUGCUCUUCCUUCCACCUUUGUUGAGGGGUGGAGUAUAUGCCAUGCCUUUCCUAACUUGUGGAGUAGGCCGCUUUUCAUCGAUGAUUUCAUUGAUGAAUUUCAUGUUUAUUUUCUUUGAUAUGUCUGGUUUUGCUGUGUGUCAGUGUGCUUUAGUUACUGAAUGCUCUGAAUUUCAGUGCAGAUGUCUUAGACAGUUCUCAAACAACUGCUCGUUCAGAACAACUCAUCCUGUGAUUUCUCAAAACCUGGCGAAAUUAAAACAUGGAACGACGCAUAGUUAAAGGGGCUAAACUCUUCCACGUAAAUGUAAGUGCGGGUGCAGGCGGUCGGCCAAAACGAGACAAACUGAUCAUCUCAGCGACAUCUGAGCGCGCUCAGACCGCCCCUGUGCUGUGAAUAACUGGACAGCGACGCCACGCCUGCGGCCGGCGUUCCACGAGUCAGCCGUUUCUUUCCGCGCCCGGUGUGACUGCAGGCUGCGUCUGUUUCAGAGGGCGCCGUCAGAGCUGGCAGCGGCCGCCGGUGGCUGCUGACCUGGCCAGCCGCCAGCCAGACGUCACCGGCGCCCCGGCCGCCGACAGCGAUGGCCCCGUGUCCCGGCGCGCGGCAUGAGCCAGCCCAAGAUAGAGCUGGUCCGACUCUCGUCGGCUGAGUACCGCAGUCUGCCGCCACUCAAUUUUGUCCAGCUCUGCGUGAAGUACACACACCGGCGCAUGGAGAGCUACGCCGGGCUGGCGGGCCGGACGCCGGCGCCGCCGCCACCAGCCGCCGCCAUCGAGCCGCGCUGUCCCAAGUGCGUGAAGAAGCGGCGCGCGUGCACGCAUCUCUCGGAUGGCAUGCGCACGUUGAGCUGGGGCCGGCUGCGGUCACGGCCAGCCGUCAAGUCUCUGGAAAACGUGAUCUGCGCGGACAGCCGCGCCGUGCCCGCCACCAAGUCCUGCGAGAACAUGCUGCAGGUGCACCGACAGCCUCUGGCCGCCGAGGGUCGGCAGCACUCACCACUGGCCUGGCGCGAGGCGACGCGCUCCGAGGAGCACCUGGCCGGCGAGCCGCUGACGGCAGCGCCACGCGAACUACGCGCCGCGCAGAGUCACGAGUACCUGCGAAAAUACACAAUAGAUGGCAGUGGCGAACUUGUGCCGCUCGGGCUCGGGACGCUGUCGCAGAGCGUGCCGGGCAGUCCGCUCAGUCUCUGGAGCAAGAAAUUCAACACGAUGCCAAACAUGCCUCGGACUGUGGAGCCGCCGGCGCACAAGCCGCGCCGCACGCUCACCAGCCUGCUGAAGCGGUUGCAUCCCCGCCUGCUGCGCGCCAGCCUGGGCGGCUCGCGCGCUGCCGAGCGCCGGCCCUGGAUCGUCGUCGAGUUUCAGGAUGUGGACGGCGACCGGGCCAGUGGGCGGUCAGAGGAGCGCGAGACAUUCGGCUCGGCGCAAAAGAUUUCCCUAGUGAAGAGCCGCCAGUCGUCGCGUGAGGAGCUCGCGGACGACCUGCUGGAUGCCAUGAGGAUGGGCCGAGUGACCACAAAGAGCCUGACCGCUGCACGAAAGGAGCAGCCAUCGCGCAAGCCGGCGGCCCGGUCAAAAGGUCGCGACCCCGGUGACUCCGCACCUCCACCUCAGGAAGCCAUGUUUUCGGAAAAGGAGGUAGUCCGGGGCCCACAGCUGGCCUCCACUAGAAUAAUAAUGGACGCUCAGGAGGAAUUGCGAACAAAUGGCUGCGGCCAGGAUCAAGUGGACCGCGCCGUGGUCAACAACAUGUCUCAGCGGCUGCUGCAGGAAACGCACACGCUCAAAACGUCGAUGAAGAGCUCCGAGGUUGUGAAGCAGGCGGUGCGUCUUCUCUCGGAGGGCGAGCGGAACGGCGCCGCGCCACAGAAACGCCCUUCAUACGUCGGCAUUUCGUGCAGUGUCAGUGGCUACAGCAACCUCAACCGGUACGCGGCGCGUGGUCGCAACGGCGAGCUGUCGCAGUCGCGCGGCAGCUCGCCGGCACGCUCGCUGCGCUCGCUGAGCCGCGACUCGUCGCCACCGGGCGGCGCUGACGUCGGCCCGACAGGCGGCGCUGCGCUCGCCAGCCCCAGCCGCGUCAGCCAGAUCAAGCAGCAGCUGCGCGACGGCUUUCAUCUGGUGGACGGCGAGCGCGGCCGCGACAGCCAGCGUGCGCUCAAGAAGCUGGAGCAGAGCCGCAGUGUGAGCGUGGACCGCGGCUACCUGCGCCAGAGCCGGGUCGAGAGCGCGCGACUGCUGAACGGCAGCGCGCCCUCACCGGCGCCCGUCAACGGCCACGUGCGGGCCGUGCGGCUGGAGCGCACCGUUACCGUCAGCGUCACGGAGCGUGCCGGCGAGCCGACGCACGCCUGCGCCGAGUCAAGCGCCGACGGCGCUGUGUCGCGCUCGUUCGUCCAGGCGCGCAUCGAGCGCCUGUACGGGCCGGGCGCGCUGUGCUCGGGCUUCCGGCGGCUCAACUUGAACCGCUCGCUGCCCAACCGGACGGCGUCGCUGGACCAGGAGCCGACGGCGGCGCCGCGGCCGCCGCCGCUGCUGCUGCCGGCGGCGGACGCGGCGGCGCCGGAGUCGGAGGCGCCGCCGGCCAGCCCGGGUCUGCCCGUUUUCCGCCACCUGCGGCCCGAGUUCCGUCAGCAGCUGGCCGUCAGAGCGGGCAGCCGGCCGCGGCCGCCGCCGCCGGCCGACACGUCGCCGACGCAGACAGCCGUGCCUCCCAUCACAGCGGCGGACCCUCCGCUCAUCAGCGCCGCCGCCGGCCCGCUCAGCCAGCCGCACCCGCAGCGGCCGGACGCCGACGCCGAGAAGCCCGGCCAUAAGUUCCUCAAGAUUCUGGACGCAGAGACCACGCGGAUCCUGGCGCUGGCCACCAAGGCCGAGAACGAUCUGAACUCGCUCACGCUGACGCCCGAGAUCGAGGGCAAAGUGCGCGCCGCCAAGGGCAAGGCUAACCUGCUGAUCGCGCAGAAGUUCCAGCAGUUCCGCGGCCUCUGCGAGAAGAACAUUAAGCCGCCGGCCGAUGACCCAUUCCCGACCACCGGCGACGACCUACAGGGCUUCUGGGACAUGGUGCUCAUCCAGGUGCAGCACAUCAACUCGAUGAUGGACGAAUUGGACGCCAUCCGCGCCAACAACUGGCGGCUGCCUGAGGUGACGCCUCCUCCGGAGCCGCCCAGCAGCGCCAACAGCACGCCCAGCAGCAAGACGUCGACGCCGAGCCGGCGCGCCACGCCCGCUGACCCGGCAAAGGCCGAGGCGGCGCGCGCCCGGUCGGCGGCGCGCAAGAAGAUGAUGGAGCAGCGCCGUCGGCUCAUAGAGGAGGCGCGCCGCGCUGGCCGCCAGCAGGACGACGCCGACUCGGUGCAGAUAUUCGUGCCCGAGGACAAGUGAGGCCGGCGGCGGCCAGGCCGCUGGCCGACGUGCUGCGGUGUGCGUGCGUGAGGGUCAGAGUGUGGAGAGCGGCGGUGUGGCUGGGAUGAGAUGAAACAGCGGCGCGGGCGCGUCGCAGCGCCGACGUCGGCGCGAUGUGAUAGCAUGUCCGGGACAACACGGCUGCCGUGUCUGGCACCGGCUCUGCUCCUGCACCCCACAGGCCAGGUCAGGUCAGGUCAGGCCGGCGCCACGGCCACCUAUAGCGGGGCGCCCAGCCGGGUCAACCUCUAUUGCGUUGGUAUUUUCAGAUGACUUAUUGGAUUCCAUGUCGAGCGCAGUGCGCCGCAGAAAUUGGCAAUACGUGUUGAUCGUGAUGCUUAAUUCUAUCUACUAAUAUGUACAGGCUGAGGAUAUCAGUGGCGCCGUUCUCCGUGUGCGAGGAACUUUAUGGUGGCUUUAGUCACCGAUAGCGUAGGCAUGGAAUGCAUCGGGCAUGCGAGUGUUAAUUUAUUGCCUUGACAGCCGGGCGCCGGGCCGCGUAUACCGGCCGGCGCCGGGCCCGAUGGUUGCGGGAGAGUGAGCUGCGCCUGUCACGCCCGGUCCCGAGCGAGGCGCGCCUGCCGCCGCCGGCCUGCGGGCCGCGCGUGAGGCCUGUGGUGAGGCCCGGCUUCAGCCGGCGGCGCGUGGUGCUCGCACGCAGCCGCCCGCUUCGUCCUCCCGGGACCGACGGGUUCGGCGGGCCGCUAGUGGGGUGUGUUCGCCCAGUGCGGUUUGCGCGUCCUACAUGCAGUGGCAUGCCUUUUUUCGUAGGAUAUAUUUUGCUACCGUGUUUUCCCUGUCUCGAAUAAAGGAAAUAGUUUCAUGAAAUGAUGCGCUGUUUGAUUGCAACUCAUGUUGUUUUAUUUGACCGGUCGGUUGAUUUGUGCGCUGUCGGUCUCGGCAACUAGCCCUAUCAUGAUCUAUGUCGGUGUUUAUUCCAUGGCUGACGAAUUAUACGAACAAUUUCCUUAACACCAGA